AUGGAAGAGAUGAAGAAAGGACCAUGGAAGGCAGAGGAGGAUGAGGUGUUGAUAAACCAUGUGAAUAAGUAUGGUCCAAGAGACUGGAGCUCCAUUCGAUCCAAAGGCCUCUUGCAGAGGACUGGAAAAUCUUGUCGUCUUCGUUGGGUUAAUAAACUCAGACCCAACUUGAAAAAUGGAGUAAAGUUCUCAGCGGAGGAGGAGAGGACAGUGAUAGAACUGCAAGCGCAAUUUGGGAACAAAUGGGCAAGAAUUGCAACAUAUUUGCCAGGAAGAACAGACAACGAUGUGAAGAAUUUCUGGAGCAGUAGGCGAAAGAGAUUGGCUAGGAUUCUUCAGACACCAACUCCACCACCCAACUCACAAAAAAACACCAUGGAAGGCCCUGCUCUCCGUGAUGUUCCUUCUCUGGAGGCACCCAAGUUCAGUUCAUCAACAGAUGAAGAAUCAUCUUCUAAAACACAAUCUUGCUCAUCACCCUACAUUGAGAACUUGGCAACAAUCAGAAUGGUACCAUUGCCAGAACUAUUAAACCCCAACUUGCUUAAUUUUGAACAGAACCAGCUUCGAGUCGAGUUCAUCCCUACCGAGAAGAACCCGUGCAAUGACUCACAACUCCAACUGUCAUUCCCUAACAUUCCACAGCCACAAUCAGAACUUGCACUCCCAGUAGAAAGCCAAGAAUUCAUCGGUAGGCUCGGGAAUUCGGACUUCCUGGAUUGGUUUGGAGGGCAUACCAAUGCUUCUGAACUUGGUGAUGACGCACAAAUACCAAUUGUUUUGCCAUGUUUUGGACAAGGAAAUUGCCAGAAUGGUGAAGAGAGAGAAAAUGGCAACUCUGUCACCACCCCAGAUAGCUUCAUUGAUGACUUCCCAAUGGACAUGUUUGAUCAACUUGAACCUCUACCAAGCCCAUCAGAGUGGUGA